GAAUACUUAAGUCAACUUGAGAUGGUGGGACUCAAAGAAGUCUGUGAAGUAGCCAAUUCGUGGAUUAUGUUCUCCCAAGCAUUGAUCAAUAAUAAUGAAAGACUGAAUCGAAAUGGGGUGAAGAGUUCUGUGCUCUUAAGUCGAGCAGACGAUUGCGUGAAAGAGGCGAAAAGCGUUGUUCUUGUUAUUGUCGAUGACGUCGAUCGACUCCUUGCCGACGAGAAAUUUGGGGAAUACAAAGAAGCCGUCGAGAGUGUUAUGUACCUCAAAAUGAGAAACGAGGAAAUUAAAAACUUCCUCCAUGAAGACCUUUUCAAUUAUUUCCUUGAUAAGAUGGAGAAUAAGAACUAA